CGGCUCGUGAGGUGGCGGUUGGCGGCGGUGACGGGCGGCCGCCAUGAGGCUGACGCGGCUGAAGCUGAAGAACGUCUUCGUGGUGUAUUUCGUGGUGUCGGCGGCGGCGCUGAUGUACGCGCUGCUCCAACUCGGUCAGCAGUGCGAUUGCACGCCCCAGAUGAGGUCGUCGAACGAGCUGGUGCGGCAGAAGGACCAGAGGGUGCUGCACCUGCAGAACGAGGUGAAGAAGCUGCAGAAGCAAGUGCGAGCGGAGGAGGAGGCCGAGAGGCGCCAGCUCCCCACCAUCUACGCGGUGACCCCCACCUACUCCAGGUUGGUGCAGAAGGCUGAGUUGGUGCGCCUGUCACAGACCUUCCUCCACGUGAGGAAGUUUCACUGGAUCGUGGUGGAGGACGCCGCCAACCGCUCCAAACUGGUGGCCGAGAUCCUGGCCCAGAGCGGCCUGGUGUACACCCACCUCAGCGUGCCGACCCCGACCAUCCACAAGCUGAAGGAGAGCGACCCCAACUGGCUGAAGCCCCGUGGGGUGGAACAGCGCAACCUGGCCAUCCAGUGGCUCCGGGAAAACCGCGAGCUCAGCGAGGAGGGCGUGGUGUACUUUGCCGACGAUGACAACACCUACAGCACGAAGCUCUUCGACGAGAUGCGCUGGACGAAGCGCGUCUCGGUUUGGCCGGUGGGCCUGGUGGGCGGCCUGCGCUUCGAGAGGCCGCUGGUAGAGGGCGGGAAGGUGGUGGGUUUCCACACGGCCUGGAAGCCCACCCGGCCCUUCCCCAUGGACAUGGCGGGCUUCUCCGUUGCCCUGCAGCUGCUGCUGGCCAACCGGGAAGCCAAGUUCGAUAUCAACGCCGAACGGGGCUACCUGGAGAGCAGCCUCCUGCAGUCCGUGGUCUCCAUCGAGGAACUCGAGCCCAAGGCCAACAACUGUGACAAGGUCCUGGUGUGGCACACCCGUACUGAGAAACCCAAGAUGAAACAAGAGGACGCGCUGUUGAAACAGGGCAAAGGGUCUGAAGUCCACAUCGAGGUGUAAAGUAGGCAGACGUGUGGAGGAGGAGGAGAGGCUCGACUGCGAGACCCUGGGAUGCUGAGAGCACGGUGUACACAGUGACCUACCUCCGUGUACUCGAGAGGAACUUGAGAAUCCGACUUUAAGCUGUGCGUCCGAGUCCAAAGAGAGCGAGAGAAAGAGAGAGAGAGCGAGGGUUUAACGUAGAGAGCUAGCUGUUACGCUGAGAUGCAGGACUCAAAGGCAAGGAUUCCUCUGACCCUUUUAACCCCAGUUUUAAUCUUCGCUUCGAAGAAACCAUGUCGUCUCUGUCCCUUCUCUUUGUUCUAAUUGUUCUAACCGAGACCUGCUGCUGUGUGAUUGUGGUGAUGGUGGUAAGGUCCGCGGGGUUAGGAGGGCGCUUGUGGGAACUGGGAGUAAGUCCAGGCCAGGCUGGUAGGAUCCAAAUCUUCUCUGACUGCUAACGCGCAGUGUCAAAUGUGCAUACACCACGUGCAAGUGUUAAUAUAUCCUGUGAAAAGAUUAUUAUCUUUUAACAUCCAUUUGAUCAAGCAAAUGGGACUUUGGGUUCAAAGUGUCGUCCAAAGGAGACUUUGGUUUGAAGCGACACACGUUGUCAGUUGCGCUGUCCCCUCUUUCUUCCCCCACACCCCCACCACCACACAACAAUCCUCGCACACACA